AUGGGAUUCUCGCAUCAACUCACUUUGAGAGUGCCAUUUGAAAAUGAGAGACAAAGCCAGAUAGCCAAAAAUUCGCUCUCGCCUGAUCCUAUAAUUCGAAUUAAUGAGUUGAAAGUCAGCUAUGAAUGUGAUGAGAACACCUUGGUAUGUAAGUUCUCUGGUGUGAGUGAUAGGGUCAUAAGAGUGGCCAUAAGUACCGUUAUUGAGAAUUUAAAAGCGAUCAUAGAAUGCAUUGACGACUUUGAUGGUAAGGAGGAUAUAAUAUUUGAUGAUUUAUAG